GCUGCUUUGCCUGACGAGGAAGACACCCAAGUAGAGCCGCUCACGCCAUCGACCCCAGGAGCUGACACAGGCUUCUUUCCUGAGCAUGGUUUCCAUGAGAAAAGCGAGGCUCAGCACCAGGAGGAUGCUUGGUGGGAGGGCGCCUGUCACGGUGAAGGCGAAAAUGCCGGGGAGGAGGAAACGCCACUGGAGGAUGACGAAUGUCUGCAAGGGGAUGAAGUUGAGGAGGAAGGAGAAGCUGAUGAAGCUAUGGCUUUGGAGGAGUGCUUACGAGAGUUCGAUGACCCCGAGGGAUCCCAAAGUGCUGGGGAACUGGUGGACCACGAGAAGGGCAGGAAGCCUGCUGCUUCAGAGACGGCAGGGGCACUGAAGGACCGCAAGCCCUUGACGGACAUGCCUCAUGUGGCAGAGGAUUUGAAGGCGCAGGCAGAUGCUUCGUUGAAGCGUUUGAAAGCUUUGGAGCCGGAAGACCCGGACUUGCUGGAA